AUGACUAGAGGAGCUAGAAAACCUAAAAAGCCAGAUACUGAAGCUGACGAAAGUCUCAGCGACAAACACGAACAAGAGCAAAAUGAACAUGAACAACAUGGCGCUGAGAACGUCGACCAAUUUACAGAACUAAAAGCUAUGGUAACCAGCGGUUUUAGUAACGUUAACUCAAAACUUGACAGUUUCCAAAAAGAGCUGAAAAACGAAGUGARAGAACUAAAAGAAACCAUUAAGGGCAUCGAACAAAGUCUUGAUACCACAAGCAAAGACCUAAACCACCUAAGAGUAUACUUGAACAGAGCAUUCAAUAGUGCAGUGAAGUCUUCAAAUUCACAAGCUGGAUUCGACUCAAGACAUGCAGUAGAUGGAAUGCUGGAAACGUGCUUCAUUAGUUCAGCAGAAAAGGCAUAUCUCCAAAUAGAGUUGAAAGAAUCCUUGCGCAUUCAUAAAGUUAACAUCAUAAGUCAUGACGAUUGUUGUAACAUUCAACGCCGCUUCCAAGUAAUAGCAACAGAUAUCCAAAACAGACAAGAAAAUUGCAUUCGGACUGGAAAAGGAAAAUUUGAUGAGCACUUCAUUUUUAAAUGCUCUCCAUGGAAACGUACAAUACAGUUAAAAGUAAACACUUCAGACUUGAAUACUUCUUUUGCAAUUUGCGAAGUAGAGAUUUUCAGUAUUGAUGAUCUACAUGGCGUCACUCAACACGUAUGGCUAUUGCCAACAAGAAAUCUAAAUUUUGACAAUUUUAUGAAACAAAACACUAUUUCACUUAAUCCUGACUUCACGGAUGUGAUACAUGAUUUCAGUGCACCUCAGAAUGUCCUUGACAACUUCGGUCAACACUUGACGGCGUAUAUGCAGGUUCCUGAAAGUGGGUUCUAUAUAUUUUAUCUAAAUUGUGACGACAAAUGCAAGUUAAUUUACAGAACAACACACGAUGUCAUUCUGACUCAGCAUAUAAUAACAAUACUUGAAAUUGCACGCGCGAAAGAAGCAACAAGCGAAGAGAAGAUGAUGCCAUCCAAGAAAAGUGUUUAUUUGUCUAGAUGCGUGAUCUACAAAUUCAUAGCUUCAAUGCAAUCAAAGGACGGUCAUGAUCAUUUGAGUGUAGGAAUUCGCAAARRUAAAGAAGGAGACCUUAUAUUACCAAUACCGAAAAAGUCACUUUACAAAGAAAURCCAGGGAAAAGAACAUUCUCCAUUUUAUUUAAUAGUAGUACUUCAUUUACCAUCACUGUUGGCACGUCCAUCCAAGUUAAUGUUUCCUACAAAUAUUGCUGUGAUGGAAAGUACUGCCCUGAGUGUCCACUGUACCUUUUUGAUGAAACCAAUACAUUGAUUACUUCUAUUUCAAACAUUUCCUGUAAACAAACAACAUUCUCAUGGACUGUCAAGGAUAAAAUUCAAGUGGGAGAGCACAAUUUAAAGAUUUCAUACGAGUGGACCUCAAAAUUGUCGAAACCCUCUAAGGACAUCGGAAAAAUGAUUGUGCAACCCGAAGUACUAAGACAAUGUGCUUUUGCAAACGGGCUCUGCAGCUGGAUCGAUAAGAAAGAUAUUUGCAGCAAACGAGAGAACGCUGAGUACGUUGGGAUCAAUACCGCAUGUCUCUCUAUUCUUGAAAGCGAUGUAUUACCAUGGAAAGCAUAUCACAAAACUACUAAGUUAUGUCUAAAGCUAUCUUAUCUGAUGAAUUCGAUAUCCAACAGUUGGGUCUCUGUAUCACGUGUAACUGAUAACGAUUUAAAAGUACUAGUUUGGAACAUAUCUGGUAACCAUGGCAAAAAAUGGAAACAAGCUUCUAUCCCACUUGAGGCCAUCAAAUCUCAAAAGAUACAAUUUCUUGGAAAUGUCCCUUUUUAUGGAAAUACAAAUGCUUCAAUUAGAAGUGUCAGUAUUGUAACAGAAUCCUGUGAUUUUUCUCCAAAAUAUGCUAAACCAGGUUUUCAAUGCUCAGAGAACAACUUUCAGUGUAUUAAUAAAGAGUGCAUCAAUAAAGCGAAGAGGUGUGAUGGUGAUCCAGAUUGCACCGAUGAGUCGGAUGAACAAGGGUGCAUUUGCCAAAGCAAAAACUUCAAGUGUUCUAGUACAGAAUGUAUUGUCCCAGAACAACUUUGCGAUGGAACAGAGAACUGCAAAGAUAGAUUAGACGAGAAUCAUUGUGAACCAGAAUGCAGAGACAAGUACCAGUGUGCUGGGGGAAGCUGUAUAGAUUGGUCAAGUACUUGUAGGAAUGAAAGCGUUUGCCCCGACAAUUCCAAUAGCCCAACUAUCUGUGGAAAUUGCCCUUUAAACGAUCUUGGAUGCUCACUCAACGAAAGUAAAAAAGACGCGACGGACGAAAAAGCUUAUUGCAGACACUUUUCUUUGUGCUCAUUUGAAAGUGGCUUUUGUGGUUUAAGCCAUAGUAAGAAUGCACAACUUAAAUGGAUCAGAAAUUCUGGAAAGACGCGUUCAGAUGGCACUGGACCACAGUCUGACCAUACCAGAUGUAACAAAAAGGACGGGGAUUAUAUUUAUAUUGAUGCAUCAAAAGGCAAAAAGGGAGAUAAAGCAAGACUCGAAAGCGAUUGGCUAAGUGCUGGAGAAACGCUAUGUUUGCAGUUCUGGUAUCACAUGUGGGGAGUACGCAUGGGUACACUAAGGAUAUUAAUGAAAACCAACCAAUCUGAAAUAACUGUUUGGGAAGAAUAUGGCAGCCAAGAGGACGAGUGGCAAUUUGGACAAACACCGUUAAAACCCGAUGGCCAAAAUCAGUACAAGUUCGUCAUCGAAGCAGAAACCAUAGACGGUGAUGAAGGCGAUAUAGCAGUUGAUGAUGUCAGGCUUAACGAAGGAUCUUGUCAAAAAAUUAUUGAUUACCGUCAGUCUCAACCUCGGUGCUGCUAUAUCUCUCGAUAUCUAGCUUCUACAGCCUGUCCAAUAUUCCCGACACCAGAAGAGUGUCCGCCUGAACAACAAAAUGACUGCAAUGUUGAUGGAGAUUGCGAUCGCUUUAGUGACGAAGAUCGUAAAGAUCUGUACAAGUGUUGCAUUGACGGUUGCGACAAAAGAUGUGUCCCUGACAAAGUUCUAAAUCCUGCUAAAAUAAAAACUUUGCACAACGACUGGCAAUUAUGGAAGUCAUCAAAGGAGAAGAACUCAACCAGUUCAUGGAUAAUGACGUCGCACCAAACAUUUGAUGAUUAUGCUUCCGAGUUUAAUUUGCUUCCGGCUAUAGCAAGAAAUUACACGGUAAUGUUUCUGAAAGGCAGUUCAGAAAGCACUUUGUUCUACCAAGACACCACUGGCAACUCGUCCGAACCUUUUCUGUGCUUUUAUUUCUCAUACCUGAUGCUUGGAGAAAGCAAAAAGUCUUUAGAAGUUGAAGUAAAAAGCUUUGGAGAAGGGAUCAAUCCUGUUUGGUAUGUCAAUAAUAAUGUCAAUGGCAGCUGGCAGCUCGGAAGUGUGCCUAUUAGGUCAUCACGUCCUUAUCAGAUCAGCAUACGAGGAAAAACUGAAAGCGCAUCAGGUGCUAUUGGUCUUGGCUAUUCUUACAAAGCCAAGGAACUAUGUAGUGAAGAUCACCGACAGCUUGAUCACAUUUGCAAGAAAAACAUCACCUCAGGACCAGGAUUUAUCGCUUCUCCGUAUUAUCCACUUUACUUUCCAAGAAACGUUCGUUGCACGUGGUACAUCAAAGCACCACAAAAUCACGUGGUCCGUUUAACCUUCAAAUCUUUUGUUAUGGGCUUUUCACGCACUUUUAAAGAAAACUUCAUCGAGAUUUUUGAUGGAGACUCAACAGAAGGAACAUUACUCGGGAGAUUUUGCGACUACAAAACACCGAAGUUUCUCCAGUCUCAGUCCAAUUCCAUGACAAUUAUUUUUAAUUCUGUUUCAAAAAAUCAGGCGAAAGGNAAUGAGAUUCAAAUAAGUGCCGGGGACAAUGUUAUGAUGGGGCGAGCAACAUGCUGGGAGCAAAGACAGGUGUUGCUGCAACCAAAAGCCUAUCCAACACAUUGUCACGGACAUUCAUUGAUCUUGGGUGUGAAGGAUGCAGUAAAAUCUUGUAAAGCCCUAUCUGACACGAUGGAUACCUCAAAGGAACUGAUAACUCUUAUCAAGUAUUCAUCCAAGCGCGAACAUUUGCUAGGCGAAGUGAAGGACAACAUAGAAGGAGAGAGUUGCAAUGAGGAAGACGAAAUACCUGGCAAAAGAACAUCAGUCACUCUCAGAGCCAAAAAGUUGCCAAAAAAACGACGUGCCCCAACACGCUGCGAAAUGGGUUCAGGUGAGCCACAAUAUCCAAGCACACCUCGGGACUAUUAUCGUGCAAUAUUCUUUGAAGCACUAGAUUGCUUAAUGUAUGCUAUUAAAGAACGGUUCAAACAGUCAGAAUUUCUUGUUUACAAGAAUUUGGAAAGUCUACUUGUCAAUGCAGCUCAUGGAAAUGACAAAGCAAAGGAAAUGGAUGAAUUGUCGUCAUAUUUUAGUGGAAAUGUGUCUCUGCCAACAUUAGAAGCUCAGUUAAGCACAAGUGAUAAUAUCAAGACUUAA